AUGGUUAUUCCUGACCAUACAAAACUUAAACCUGUAUCGUCUCUUAUUGACAAAUUUGAGAAUAACCUUGACGAAAGUGUUGCUCGGUCCCAACCUCGUGCUCGCAGUCCCAUUCCUGGGAAGUUAAUUUCGGCUUUUGAAAAAAACAAUAGUAGUAAAGAAGAGUCGACUAGUCCAACUUCUGAAAGCAUUACUACAACAAAUGAAAAAGAAGCUAUUAAUGAAGAAAAAGAAACUGUUUCCAAUGGUGAAAAAGAAGAAACAGAACAGAUAACUUUAAGUGUUGAAGAGACUAAAGAAGAAGAAGAAGCUAUCCAUAAAGAAGAAGAAAUAGUGCAAGAAAGUGUGCAAGAAAGUGUGCAAGAAAGUGUGCAAGAAAGUGUGCAAGAAAGUGUGCAGGAAAGCGUACAAGAAACAAGCAUACAAGAAAAUGUGCAAGAAGAAAUUGUGCAAGAAAUUGUGCAAGAAGAAACUAAGGAGAAAACACCAAAGCCUACUACUACAUCCACCACCAGUGCCACCACUACCAGUCAUAAUGGUGGACCAAAAAAAGCUAUUAAAAAACCAAGUACUAGUACUAUCGGUUCUAGUAUUAAAAAACCUUCAUCUAUUACCCCACCUUCUAAAACAAAUUCUAAAAUUGCUUCAAGUUUAAAAAAACCAACAACGCCAACAACAUCUACAACUAAAACACUUGGUACAAGUUCAGCUUCUAGAACUAAAUCCCCUGCUACCAAUAAAACUAAUUCUUCUUCCCCCUCUAUUACUAAGUCUAAAAUUGGUGCUACUUCAAAUAAAUCUAAACCUACUACUACUACAUCGUCAUCGAUACAUCAAAAAUCAACAUCUAUAGAAAAAACUAAGCCAGCUGCUACCACUGCCACUAAAACAACAAAGAUCGCCCCCAAAAAAUCACCGACCACUACCACGUCUAAAAUCAGCUCGGCACCUAAAACUGGUACUUCUACUACAACCGAUGGGAAAAGUACAAAAGUUCAUCAACCUCAACGACCUACUCCCGGAGGUGUUCAUUCCAAAACUAUAUCAAAAGAUACUUCUAAAACUACUCCUACAUCAAAAACAAAAACCAAAACUCCAUUGAAGAAACCUCCCACUAAAAAAGUAGUAAAAGAUAAAGAUGAGAAUAAAAUAGAAAGUUCAAAAGAAGAAGAAACUAAAUCUGAAGCUAGCGAUUCCAAAGUCUCUGAAAAUCAAGAAGCCAAUGAAGAAAGAACUAAAUCCCCUGCUACCAAUAAAACUAAUUCUUCUUCCCCCUCUAUUACUAAGUCUAAAAUUGGUGCUACUUCAAAUAAAUCUAAACCUACUACUACUACAUCGUCAUCGAUACAUCAAAAAUCAACAUCUAUAGAAAAAACUAAGCCAGCUGCUACCACUGCCACUAAAACAACAAAGAUCGCCCCCAAAAAAUCACCGACCACUACCACGUCUAAAAUCAGCUCGGCACCUAAAACUGGUACUUCUACUACAACCGAUGGGAAAAGUACAAAAGUUCAUCAACCUCAACGACCUACUCCCGGAGGUGUUCAUUCCAAAACUAUAUCAAAAGAUACUUCUAAAACUACUCCUACAUCAAAAACAAAAACCAAAACUCCAUUGAAGAAACCUCCCACUAAAAAAGUAGUAAAAGAUAAAGAUGAGAAUAAAAUAGAAAGUUCAAAAGAAGAAGAAACUAAAUCUGAAGCUAGCGAUUCCAAAGUCUCUGAAAAUCAAGAAGCCAAUGAAGAAGAACAUCACGAGGAAGAACGUCACGAAGAACAACACCACGAAGAACAACACCUUGAAGAACACCAUGAAGAAGAGCGUCAUGAAGAAGAACAUCAUGAAGAAGUUCAUGUAAACCAAGUAGUGGAGAAAGAACAUCACGAAGAAGUUCAUGAAACCCAAGUAGUGGAGGAAGAACAUCACGAGGAAGUUCAUGAAACCCAAGUAGUGGAGGAAGAACAUCACGAGGAAGAGGUUGUUAAGGAUGAAGAACAUCAAGAGGAAGUAGUUCAUGAAGAAAUAGUUCACGAAGUAGUUCAUGAGGAAGAGGUUGCCCGUGAGGAAUCAAUUAGCCAUGCAAUUUUGAAUCAAACAAUAUCUACUUAA